AUGAAGACCGAGGCGGUGACGCGCGACGACGACGACGCGCGCGCGAACGACGAUGGAUCGAACGAUGGACUCACGGCGUUCGAACGCGCGCGAGAGGCGCACAUCGCGCGGAAUAAGGCGAGGAUGGAGGCGUUGAACAUCAACGCGCUGAGCGCGGGCGUCGGCGCGGCGUCUCGCGGGAGCGCGGCGUCGUCGCGAGGGAUCACGGGGAAGCGAAAUCGGGAUAAAGCGAGCGCGCCGAGCGUGCCGACGCGACGGUCGAGCCGGGCGAGGAAGAUCGCGCCGGAGUUGGCGAGCGGGGUGGAUCGAGAGCGGCGCGACGGGACGGUGGUGCUCGCGAACGGGGCGACGUAUCAUCCGAGCGGCGAACUCACGGCGGCGCCGACGAGGACGCGACCGAGCGGUGAGGUGGCGAUGCGGAGUGAAAACGGGAGCGAGAAGACGGACGCGGCGUUCAUCGAGGAGUUGAAGACGAAGAUGGGGGCGCACGUCGGCGAGACGAAGGAGGCGAAGGAGGCGACGGCGAGCGUGCGAGAGAUGAUCAAGAAUAAGCUCACGCUGCGCGACGUGGACGUCGCGAAGUGCGUGCCCAAGGGUGUGACGCACUUGGACUUUUCCCCCGACGAGUCCAUGCUUCUCGUGGCGUCGGGAGAUAAGGAGGGACACAUCGGUUUGUGGCGCGUCGAUAAGACGACGUCGGAGGAGGAGGACGAGGACGACGGGGUGUUGUACUAUAAAGCCCACGGGUCGUACAUCUCGCACUGCAAAUGGGGCCGCGGCGCCUUGCGAGGGAAGCUCUUCACGUGCGCGUACGACGGCGCGGUUCGCGUCCUCGAUCCGCAAACCGGUUCGUUUCAGGAAACCGUCUACUCCGAGGAGGACGAAUUCUCGGCGUGCGACCAAUUCGCCGACGGCAACACCGCAUUGGUGUGCGAUAACGUCGGUAACUUGCAUCAACUGGAUCUGCGCGUGGGUAAAUUCACGUCCCCGAGCCUGUCGAUUCACGAGAAGAAGAUCAACACCGUGCACAUCGAUCCCGGCAACGAGCACCGAUUCGCCACUUCCACGAAUCAGCUCGUCAGCGUCUGGGACGCGCGAAAGUUGAAAAAGAACGCCAAGUCCACGCACGAUCUGGUCCAUCGAAAAUCGUCCCAAGCGGCGUAUUGGUGUCCCGACGGCUCCGGCGCGCUCCUCACGACGUGUUACGACGACGCCCUCCGCGUCUGGCACCCCGACCGAUCCGCCGCCGCGCCCACCGCCACCAUCAAGCACAACAAUCAAACCGGUCGUUGGGUCCUUCCCUUCCGCGCCGUCUGGUCCGCCGCCGGCGACGGCGUCUUGUGCGGUUCCAUGACGCGUCAAGUCGAAAUUUUCAACCCCGCCACCGGCGCGUCGCUCGCGCGUUACGCCUCUCCCGACCACAUGACCGCCAUCGCCAGUCGUCUGGCGUGUCAUCGCUCGCUCAAUUACGUCGCCGCCGGCACCGCGAGCGGUCGCGUGCACGUGUACCGCGCGUGA